AUGUCGCAUUAUUAGAGUGUUUAUAUUCAAAUUUUGCCGGAAUUGGACUUUUUAACGCCCCAUUUUCUGAUACUACUAAAAAACAAAUAUUUUGGGGAACUACGAUUAAUAUAUUUAUAGAAAAUAUUCCUCAGUUUGUUAUACAG